AUGCCUGCUGAGUGCAAUAACCGCACUAGAACCAACAAUGCGACUCAAAGUACUCCACGUUGCCCUCUGGCUCCUUCUAGGCACAACAAUUCUCCGACAACUGGUGUACAAAGAGUGCCAACCCCUUAUCCUUCCCACCUCCAGGCGUUAGAAGAAUGGUUCACAGCUGGAAUAAUAGAAAUGCCAACUCCUGUCUGCCCUAUCCUAAGUUUUCCUUCCCAGUCUAACUCUGAGGAUUCUUCAAUAGAGUUUCUUAGUGAAGGGGGAUUUUGGUAUCCUUUUGCACCCCUGCCAAGCAUCACCCAUCGACCGUUCCUUAUCCCAGGUCUCUUGGAUUCUUCCAAUAGCAAUGCCAUAGUCUUACAUCAAUUCCCUGGACCUCUGGAGAUCUCCCACAAUACCUCAGAAGCGACCACUGGAUCUUACCACCUUGUGCCUGUACAGGUCUUCCCACCCUCAUUGUCUACAAACAUCUUGUCCUCCCAAAAUCCUGACAGUCCUGUUGCUGCAUUCACUGAUUCCCCCAGCAUGCCACCCCUUGCCUCUGAUGUCUCCAACAAUGAUAGCAUUAAUCAUCCUCACAAUCUACAACUGCUAGCCAAUGUCAGUGAGUAUGUUACGGCGAUGGAAGGGUAUAGCAGCGAUCCCCAGGAAUUUUUAGUCUACAGCGACGACAUAAUCCAACAACCUUCAAACGACAUCACCAGGGCCUGGCGAUCCAUUCCCUUUGACACCUCUACCCCUGUUCAAGACAUUGAACCCCUGGAGCGCAUACUACCCCACUUCCCAGGAGCCUACGCUAACUUCAUUACAUGA